AGGAAAAAAAAAACCAGGCCAAAGACAAGUUGAAAAACUAGUGGUAGGGUUUUCAGUUACCUUGUUUGAAAGAGCCAUGUAUAAAACCGGUGUGUAUGUUGGUUACAGGGCAUAGUGCUUCGAAACUGCUACUGAAGCUUGUUGCAGCAAGGACAAUCGGAACGAACCCUAAUCCUCUCUUCAAAUCGUGCUCUUUCUUCUGUACCAGAACGGAGGAGGAGAAGGAGAAGACCCUGAAUUUGUUUUUGCAUGAUAUAGGCACAAAAAUGUCUAUGGAUCUCAAUGAUUUUAAGAUCAUUAAGGAAGGUGAAGCUGAGAUUCUUAUGCAUGCUGAGAAUGAAGUAUUCUAUAACAAAGCUCAGGUUAAUAACAGGGAUAUGUCAAUUGCUGUUUUGAGAACUUUUAUAUCGAAACGGAAGCAAGAGCAUGAAGCAAAUUUGUCCAAGAGAUCGAAAAAGACACAAAAACCAUCUGAAAAUGGUUCUUCUGAAUUAGUUACGGAGGAAGUAUUUCACGAAGCUGCACCAGAAGAUCAUAAGUCUAAUGGGGAAUGUGAAAUCAAGGAAGAGAUAUCUCCAGAAGAACCAUGCAGUGAAACGGAUGGAUCAGUUAAGAUAACUGAAGAAUGUAGAAGUGGAGAAGAACAAAUUGAUCUUUUGGAAGGAAAAGGACGGAAGGAGCUGAAGCCACCAAUAGUUCUUGAGGCCUUGUCUGCUUCUGGGUUAAGGGCUCUCAGAUAUGCUCGGGAAAUAGAAGGGAUUGGUCAGGUUGUUGCCCUGGACAAUGAUGCAGCUUCUGUCGAAGCUUGCAGAAGGAACAUCAAAUUCAAUGGUUCAGUUGCAGUCUCAAAAGUGGAGUCUCAUCUUGCUGAUGCUCGUGUAUACAUGCUAACCCACCCUAAUGAGUUUGAUGUGGUUGAUCUUGAUCCUUAUGGUUCUCCUUCUGUGUUUCUGGAUUCGGCAGUUCAAUCUGUUGCUGAUGGAGGCAUGCUUAUGUGUACUGCAACAGAUAUGGCUGUACUCUGUGGGGGAAAUGGGGAGGUCUGCUAUUCAAAAUAUGGAUCAUAUGCCCUGAAAGGGCAAUAUUGCCAUGAAAUGGCCUUGAGGAUCCUUCUUGCUUCCAUUGAGAGUCAUGCUAAUCGUUACAAGCGGCAUAUUGUUCCUGUGCUAUCUGUUCGAAUGGACUUCUAUAUUCGUGUUUUUGUUCGUAUAUACACGUCUGCUAAUGCUAUGAAAAGCACUCCCUUGAAGCUUUCAUAUGUUUAUCAGUGCACUGGUUGUGAUUCUUUCCACCUACAGCCCCUAGGAAGGAGCAUUUCCAAGAAUACUAGCGUCAGACAUUUGCCUGCAUAUGGUCCUGUUGUUCCUCAAGAGUGCAAUGAUUGUGGGAAAAAGUUCAAUAUGGGUGGCCCUAUAUGGUCUGCUCCUAUACACGACCAAGAGUGGGUUGCUUCUAUUCUAGCAGAUGUGAAACGAAUGAAGGACAGCUACCCCGCAUAUGAUCGCAUAUCAGCUGUGUUGACUACAAUAUCAGAGGAAUUGCCAGAUGUUCCUCUGUUUUUAAGUCUGCACAGCCUCUGUUCAACCCUUAAAUGCACUUCUCCAUCAGCAAUUAUUUUUCGUUCGGCUGUGAUCAAUGCAGGAUAUCGUAUAUCUGGAACUCAUGUUUGUCCACUGGGGCUUAAAUCAGACGCACCCAUGGAUGUUAUUUGGGAUAUAAUGCGCUGCUGGGUAAAAAAUCAUCCUGUAAAAGCUCAGCCAGCAGAUAAAUCAGGAAGUGUCAUACUUGCAAAGGAACCUGUUCUGCAGGCUAAUUUUGCUAGAGCGGUAGCAUCUCUUAGCAAGGCACAAGCUAAGAAAGUUGCCCGGUUUUUGCCAAAUCCUGAAAAACACUGGGGGCCAAAAGUAAGGGCUGGACGUCAGAUUACUAGUAAGCAUGUCUCUCUCUUGGGUGAAGCCGCAAUUAAUGGAGUUCUCAACCAGAAAGAUAAUGAAGAACCUGAAAGUAAGAGGCAGAAGAAGUGAUGACAAUAUCAUCUUAUCUCAUAAUUGAGGUUCUUGAAAUUAUUUCUCAUCAAUUUAGUGACCCUGAAAUUCUAUUUUUUCGUUACUAAAGGAAGUCCAUUUGUUUCCAUUAAAUUUUGCAGCGAGCUAAGAUCUAGAUAAUGUGCCUUGUUUUCUUGCUAACAUUUAUGCGAAAUGCUGUGGCAAGAAUAAGGCACUUUGUUUUUUCUUUGAAAAAUGUAUUUGUAGAAUAAUAAGUUUUUUCAAGUGAUUUUUUAUUUUGUAUUUGA